AAAAUCUCUACAUCUCCUCCUCAUCCUCUCGUGCUCUAAUUCUCUAUCCCAUCAUCCUCCCAAUUACCCUAAUUAGGGUUCCUCUCUCGUCGCUCACCAUCUAAAUUCUAAUCUACGAUGCAGCCGCCUAGCUCCAUGGUGCCCCCUCCGCCGCAAUACCAGCAACAACCACCGCAACAGCCGUCCCACCAGUGGAUGCCGCAGUACCAGGUUCCUCCGCCGCAGCAACCUCCGGCCGCGGGCUACUACUAUCAACAACCGCAGCCUCCGCCUCAGCAGUACGCCGCGCCGCCCACGGCUCAGCCCCAGGAGACUGUGGAUGAUGGAAUUCGGAGUCUCUGGAUCGGAGAUCUGCAAUACUGGAUGGACGAACAGUAUUUGUAUGGCUGCUUUGCCACCGCCGGGGAGGUGGUCUCUGCUAAAGUUAUCCGCAGCAAGCAAACUGGCCAAUCAGAAGGUUAUGGCUUCAUUGAGUUUGUUAGUCAUGCUGCUGCAGAAAGGAACCUGCAGACAUAUAAUGGCGCCCUAAUGCCAAAUGUUGAGCAAACCUUCAGAUUGAACUGGGCAUCCAUGGGUGCUGGUGAAAAACGUGAUGAUGCUCCCGAGUACACCGUUUUUGUUGGAGAUUUGGCAGCUGAUGUCACUGAUUACAUGCUUCAAGAAACUUUUAGAGCAGUUUAUCCUUCAGUUAGAGGGGCAAAGGUUGUUACAGAUAGAGUUACAGGACGCACAAAGGGCUAUGGAUUUGUGAGGUUUGGUGAUGAAAGUGAACAAAUGCGAGCCAUGACUGAGAUGAAUGGAAGGUUCUGUUCCACUAGGCCCAUGCGAAUUGGCCCGGCUGCUAACAAACAAAAAGUUGGUGGUCAGACCACUAAAGGCUCGUACCAGACUUCUCAAGGAACUCCAAGCGAGGAUGAUCCAACUAACACCACUAUCUUUGUUGGGAAUUUGGACUCCAAUGUCGACGAGGAGCUUCUAAGGCAGGUGUUUGGACAACAUGGACAGUUGCUCCAUGUUAAGAUACCUACAGGCAAACGAUGUGGUUUUGUCCAAUACGCUGAGAGAAGCUGUGCUGAAGAUGCACUUCGGAUCCUGAAUGGAACCCCGCUGGGAGGACAGAGUAUUCGUUUGUCAUGGGGCCGUAGUCCAUCAAACAAACAGUCUCAGGUUGACCCUAACCAGUGGAGUGGCAGUGGGUACUAUGGAUAUACCCCCACCGGAUAUGAAACAUACGGGUAUGCUCCACAAGCACAGGAUCCGAAUUUGUACUAUGCAGGAUAUCCUGGAUAUGGGAACUACCCACCCCCACCGCAGCAGCAACAGCAACAACCACAGUGAACUGUGUUAAUCAGAGGAUGCACUGCAGCUUCUGGAUGUAGCGCAGUAGCAUCAAGGGAGAUUAUCAAAGAUGGGUUAGCUGUUGGUCUAAAGUGAUCAUAGCAGCUACCUAAUAUAUUCAAGACUCCUUUUGGCUAGAGAGUGUUUUCAACUUGAUGAGUAGUUGAACUAAAUUCGGCGCUGUUUUUCUUCAAACUAGUUUCUCUUUUUGUAUCAGAAUCAAAAGAAUCUCUUCUUAAGUUUCAUGUCUAUUUUGCUCUGCA